UCUUGUUGCAGCUCACGGGAACACAGGCAGGCCGCAGUGAUUUGGUAGCCGCUGCAGUAGGAGGAAGGACCGCGGUUCUACCCCUUCUAUCUUUCAGUUUCGCCUCAAAUUUUUUUCUCGGCGGCUCCAUUUGGUAACACACGGUGACCGGUGUAUGUAGAGACGGUGUUUUAUGACUCCUUGAGCUGCAGUUUUCACCAACGGACGAAGUGGUUCCCAAUCGCCAUUUUAAUCGCACGUUUUCUCUGACAGAAGCGCUAGCACAACAAUGGCUCUGAAAAGAAUUCACAAGGAGUUGAAUGACUUGGCUCGAGACCCUCCAGCCCAGUGUUCUGCAGGACCAGUAGGAGAUGACAUGUUUCACUGGCAAGCCACAAUAAUGGGACCUAAUGACAGUCCUUACCAGAGCGGGGUUUUCUUCUUGACCAUACACUUCCCCACAGACUACCCCUUCAAACCGCCAAAGGUUGCGUUUACCACAAGAAUCUACCACCCAAAUAUCAACAGCAACGGCAGCAUCUGUCUUGACAUUCUGCGAUCACAGUGGUCUCCAGCUCUCACCAUCUCCAAAGUUCUCCUGUCUAUCUGCUCCCUGCUGUGCGACCCGAACCCGGACGACCCCUUAGUACCCGAGAUCGCCCGCAUCUACAAGACUGACAGGGAAAAGUACAACAAAAUAGCCCGGGAAUGGACACAAAAGUAUGCAAUGUAGUGCUGGGGGUAGAAACAUGGCCAACCACCUCUACGACGCAAGGCGAGGGGGAGAUUCAGAUGUAAAGAGAGAGAAAAGAAAAAAACGACAAAAAAACAAAUACAACAAAAAAAAAAAAACCAUACAAAACAAAUGAGAAGUUUAAAAACAAGAUCUUGUUGGUUUCCAUUGGAGUGCUUUCUUUGAGCCAUGCCCCUCCUUCACCACAGCGACUGUAAACCUCCCUCUGUACCCCCGUCCCCCCCUCUCUGUUCGACCGUCUCCCCCCUCCAUCCUGCCUCCCAGCUCAUCUGUCCAUCCUCCAUUGUACAGACUGUCAACUUUAAAAUAGAAAAUGUCUCCUCUUGACCAUACUCUUUCCAUCCCCAUGUCGUUGUUUUGUUUUUUGUUUUUGUUUUUUGUUUUGUUUUUUUUGGAUCCCAUCGCGCCACUUCCUCGUUUGAUUCCAUUUCGACAUCCAAGCAGGCUGGGCUGUCGCCCCCCCAAACUCCGCCCCCUCCACCAACCAUAUAUAGCCCUUGUUCCUGCAUGCCUGCACCCUCCUUUUUACCCAUCUUUACUAAAAACAUUCCUCUUUAGAAACUGUAAAACUUUGAGGGGAUCUUUGUGUUUUGUUUAUUUUUUUUUUCCCCCGUUUUGUUUUUUUUAAGGGGGCGAGGCAAGAAGGGUUUUAAAAACGUAUAAAAAAAAAAGAGGGACUUUUUUUCGUUUUGUUGAAAUUUCCAUCUGCGAAGGCGUCGAUUCAGGACAGCAGUUUUCACACGCGAGUCUGCGGGCACUCUGUAUUUUAUAAAAUAAAAAAACAAACUGCAUAAGUCAUUGCAGGCUGUGUAUGAUGGAGAGAGGAAAAGAAAAAGAAAAAAAACAAACAAACAAACAAACUCAUGGCCUAUUUUGCGCUUCUGUUGGAUUCCACGAAAGGACUUGAAUUUAUUCACACAACUCAUUCUCCCCCUUCCACGCCCUCCACCCAGGUGAAAACCCCAUCAUACACACGGACACACACAGCUGUAACCCCACCCCCGCCCCUCCGUCUCCACCUUUUUUUUUUCUUUCUUCCUCUUCACUCUCAAAGUGGAGAUUCUAGACCAUCUAUUUAAGCAUUUUCUUAGUUAAACCUGUGUUUUGUUUUUAUUAUUAUUAUUUUCCUUCCUCUGCCUCAUGUUUCUUUUAGGUUGCUUCUUUCCCUCUUACUAUUAUUUUUUUUAAUUUUGUUCUAUUUACCCUCCCGCCCCCCCUUUUACCUUUUUGCUAUUGUCAAAUUUAGCAGCUAACAUCUGAAAUGGCUACGGGACUGGCUUGGGCUCUGGGUGCGAGGAGAACCCACUCUUCCUGCACAAAACCUCUGUAUAUUGAAUUACCUGAGAGGCUCGUUGAGCUUUGUGUGUUGAUUAAACUGUGUAAUAAAAAC